AUGUUGGUAGACUCAGGAUCUGACGUGAAUUUGCUUACUGCACUUGAGUGGGAAAAACUUAAACAACAAAACGUGCGAGUCCAGCAGAUGGCGGAAGGCUCAAAGGAUGUCAUUAAAGGAUAUGGCAGCGAUAUGCCACUGCAAAUUAUAGGAUCGUUCGUCGCAAAGGUUUCCAUUGGUGCCGAGGCGGUCAUGGCCAAAUUCAUUAUGGUUAAUGAUGGGCAAUGUUGUCUGAUGGGAGAUGCAACUGCAAAGGCACUCGGUGUGCUGAAAAUUGGGCGUGAAGUGAACCAGUUAGAGCGAGACACAGUACCCUUUGCUAAGAUAAAAGACGUGCAAGUCAAGAUUCAUAUGGAUCCCUCGGUCAAUCCAGUGUUCCAACCUGUACGCCGUGUACCGAUUCCUUAUGAAGCGGCAGUAAACAAGAAGCUAGACCAGUUUUUGGCCCAAGAUAUUUAUCAUUGA